AUGCUCGUGGUGGGCCAACCAGGGAGGAAGUCACCGUCAUCUCCCACCCCAGCCCUCUUCACCGAGAGCUGCGGGCUGCUGGCGGCCGACUACAGCAGCUCUGUCACGUUCCGAGAAAGUGAGGUGCGGGUGUGCGGUGGCCAGUCCCGCCCCCGCCACGAGCCUCUGACAACGCGUCCUCUGCCCCGCCUUAGGCUCCUCCCCCGCCGCGAGCCUCCCGCGCUGCAGGGUCUCCGGUCCCGCCCUCAGGCUCCACCCUCGGCCGCAGACAGGUGGGGAACACGCUCGGUCCUUGGCUCCGCCCCCGCGCCGCCGGCUGCUAGCCGUCCAACUGCUAGACUCUCGCGGCGAGACUUCCGGUGCCCGGCUCUCUCAAAAUGGCGCCUGCGGCGGGCGUCCUUCCAGUCUCGUUUCCCUCGUUCAAAAUUCAGGAGACUACAUGAAGAUAUACCUGGAAAGCAGCAAGACAACAAACCCCAGGAGGAAGAUGCUGGUGGCCAUCUUGGGACCAUGAGAGGAGCUAUGCUUAGAAUGAUGCAGACCUCAAGGAAGGCACAGCAGAGAAAAGGAAACAAACAGAGAUACCAGGUUGGUGAGCACGUGGAGGUGCUAGGAGAGUGGUGUUCCCAGAGAGGGCAUGGAGCUUGGCGCCCCUUCCCACAUACCUUGUCCUAUGCCUGAAACCAGAACAAAACAAGAUGUAGAAGGCCUCAACUCUCAGGACAGAGCUUGUUUAAAUAACUCUGCUUUUUUAAAAAGUCUGUUUUCAGUCAAAAAAGGCUUUGAAAGAAUUUUGAAAUUAGUUUCUUUGACAGUAGUCAGACCUCUCAAUACUAUUUAGUUUUAACUUUGCAUAGGUAUAGACGGAAUUAAGUUAAAAAUGCUAAAGAAGUGGAAAAUGAAGGCAUUUCACUAAAGAAGUAGCAGCAAUAUUUUCAAAAAUUAUUUUUUUCCCAACUCCCAGUUAGGAACUGACGUCUCACCAAAGCUCUGAUUCCACUGUCAUUAUUUUAUACACCAAGUCACUCUUGCUUCCAAUUUUCCUAUACUUAAGGCAUUGAAACAUCAUCGUCAUCGUCGUCAUCAUCAUCAUUAUCUUACCACCACCACCAGCACCCACAGUCAUGAUCACAGGCACUAGCUGAGAGACUAGUUGUUGUAGGAUCCAGUGCUAGUGUCAGGGAAACACAUACAAGCUUUAAUCAAGGAGCUUGAUAUUAACCUGGAGGGAGGAAAAGAAAUAGAAAGAAGAGGGGGAGGAAAAGUAUGUGUAAUAAUUAAACAGCAAUUCUAGAUGAAAAGCUAUCACUGUUUUUCCAGUUCACAGACCAUCCCCACUGUUUUGCCCACUCCCCAUAUCUUUUGAAAUGCCUUUCUGAUAGGUUCUCUCUUCCCUCUCUAUUGUCUGCUUAUUCCUCCACCUCAUUCCUGGAAAAUUGCAACAGACUUAUGCUUCGGUUUCCUGCCUCUCCUACUGUCAGGCUAAUAUUACUAAAAUGCUGCCUUUAAUUUUUCAUUCUUUUCCUCAAGAACCAGCUAUGGUUGUCUGUGCUCUUCAAACCAUGGGCAUAAAUCUUUGCGCCUAGCUUCCCUCUCCUACCUACUCCCCCAACCGCCAGCCUAGCUUUGAAGGCCUUCUGUAAUUUACACAGACUUUAUCUGUUGGAUAUACACUCCAACUCUAAAUUUUCACCUCAAAGGGCAGAGUUCUGUUUACUUUAGAACCAAAGGGCAAGCUGUACUUUCAUUUCCCUUUUUAAAUUGUGUGGCU